AUGCGCGGCGGCGUCGGCGCCAGUUAUUUCUGUCCCGCCCCCCGGCAGCGGCUCUUUCUGCGAGCGGGCGCGCGGGCGAGCGGUCGUGCUCGUGGCGCGUGGCGUGAGCAGCGUCGGCGGCAGGAGCGGGCUUGGCUGGCUGGCCAGCGAGCGGCCGCCUCCUCUGCUGCGGCCUCGGCCUCGGCUUCGUCGCCCGGCGCAGGCGGCGGCGAGGCCCUGGAGCUGCUGGAGCAUUGCGGCGUCUGCCGGGAGCGUCUGCGGCCCGAGCGGGAGCCGCGGCUGCUGCCCUGCCUGCACUCCGCCUGCAGCGCCUGCCUCGGGCCUACCACCCCUGCAGCCUCCAACAGCUCCGGGGACGGCGGCGAGGGCGCGGUCACAGUGGACUGCCCCGUGUGCAAGCAGCAAUGCUUCUUCAAAGACAUCGUGGAAAACUAUUUCAUGCGCGACAGUGGCAACAAGGCCGCCACCGACGCGCAGGAUGCUAACCAGUGUUGCACGAGCUGUGAGGACAACGCACCCGCCACAAGUUACUGCGUGGAGUGCUCGGAACCGCUGUGUGAAACGUGUGUUGAGGCCCACCAGCGUGUCAAGUACACAAAGGACCACACUGUGCGCUCCACUGGCCCAGCCAAGACGAGGGACGGCGAACGCACCGUGUACUGCAGUGUGCACAAGCACGAGCCUCUCGUGCUAUUCUGUGAAAGCUGUGAUACCCUCACCUGCCGGGAUUGCCAGCUCAAUGCCCACAAGGACCACCAGUACCAGUUUUUGGAGGAUGCAGUGAGAAACCAGCGCAAGCUCCUGGCCUCUUUGGUGAAGCGCCUUGGAGACAAGCACGCAACACUGCAGAAGAACACCAAGGAGGUUCGAAGCUCGAUCCGUCAAGUGUCAGAUGUACAGAAGCGUGUGCAGGUGGAUGUCAAGAUGGCCAUUCUGCAGAUCAUGAAGGAACUGAACAAGCGGGGCCGAGUGCUAGUCAACGAUGCCCAGAAGGUUACUGAGGGGCAGCAGGAGCGGCUGGAGCGACAGCACUGGACCAUGACCAAGAUCCAGAAGCACCAGGAACACAUCCUGCGCUUUGCCUCGUGGGCCCUGGAGAGCGACAACAACACGGCCUUGCUGCUCUCCAAGAAGCUGAUCUACUUCCAGUUGCACCGGGCCCUCAAGAUGAUCGUGGACCCUGUUGAGCCACAUGGCGAGAUGAAGUUCCAGUGGGACCUCAACGCUUGGACCAAGAGUGCAGAGGCCUUUGGCAAGAUUGUGGCCGAGCGUCCAGGCACCAACUCCACAGGGCCCACACCCAUGGCCCCCCCACGGGCACCUGGCCCGUUGAGCAAGCAGGGCUCUGCCAGCAGCCAGCCAAUGGAGGUGCAGGAAGGCUAUGGCUUUGGUUCAGAUGAUCCCUACUCAAGUGCAGAGCCUCACGUGUCGGGUGUGAAGCGAUCCCGUUCUGGUGAGGGUGAAGUGAGUGGCCUUAUGCGUAAGGUGCCACGGGUGAGUCUUGAGCGCUUGGACCUGGACCUCACGGCCGACAGUCAGCCACCCGUCUUCAAGGUGUUCCCAGGCAACACUACAGAGGACUACAAUCUCAUAGUCAUUGAACGGGGUGGUGCCGCUGCGGCAGCGGGCCAGCCUGGGACUGUUCCUCCUGGGGCCCCUGGAGCCCCACCCUUACCUGGCAUGGCCAUUGUCAAGGAGGAAGAGACAGAGGCGGCCAUUGGAGCCCCACCUGCUGCUGCUGAAGGCCCGGAGACCAAGCCUGUGCUUAUGGCCAUGGCAGAGGGUCCUGGUGUAGAGGGCCCACGCCUGGCCUCUCCCAGUGGUAGCACCAGUUCAGGACUGGAGGUGGUGGCCCCUGAAGGUGCCUCGGCCCCGGCUGGUGGCCCUGGUGCCCUGGAUGACAGUGCCACCAUCUGUCGGGUCUGCCAGAAGCCAGGUGACCUGGUCAUGUGCAACCAGUGCGAAUUCUGCUUCCACCUAGACUGCCACCUGCCAGCUCUGCAGGAUGUGCCAGGGGAAGAAUGGAGCUGCUCCCUCUGCCAUGUGCUCCCUGAUUUGAAGGAGGAGGAUGGGAGCCUCAACCUGGAUGGAGCUGACACCACUGGUGUGGUGGCCAAGCUCUCCCCAGUCAACCAGCGGAAGUGUGAGCGUGUUCUGCUGGCCCUCUUCUGCCAUGAGCCAUGUCGUCCCCUGCAUCAGCUGGCUACUGACUGUACCUUCUCCCUGGACCAGCCUGGUGGCACCCUGGACCUGACGCUAAUCCGUGCCAGGCUCCAAGAGAAGCUGUCACCUCCUUAUAGCUCCCCUCAGGAGUUUGCCCAAGAUGUGGGCCGCAUGUUUAAACAGUUCAACAAGCUGACAGAGGACAAGGCCGAUGUUCAGUCCAUCAUCGGUCUGCAGCGCUUUUUUGAGACGCGUAUGAAUGAAGCUUUUGGUGACACCAAGUUCUCAGCUGUGUUAGUUGAGCCCCCACCACUAAGCCUGCCUGGUGCUGGUCUGGGGGCUGCAGAGCUGUCUGGAGGACCCAGUGAUGGUCUCUGA